CCCGGCUGGUGCUGGACGUGCAGCCGGAUUUGGUGCUCAGCAGGGGGCAGAGCCAGCUCGCCCGCGGCGCCUUGUUCUCCUGCUCCGCGACGGUGCUGCUCUCCAUCAGCUGCAGGCAGGGCUUUAUCUGACAAUCAACAUUUAUUAUUCCCCCCGAGGACGGAGCGGCAGGAGAGAGGAGGAGAGAGGAGGAGAAAGGAGGAGAGAGCAGGAGAGAGGAGGAGAGAGGAGGAGAGAGGCCCGCGGGCUCUGCAACAGGUCGGGGGGAGAAGGUGAGCGUGAUGCCCGGCGGAGCGACGCGCAGCGGGAGCCGCGUCUGACGCUCCGGGCUGGACGCGCCGCGGCGCGGAGCCGCAAACAUGAUGCCGAUGUUCCUCACCGUGUACCUUAGCAACAAUGACCAGCACUUCAAUGAGGUUCCCAUCAUGCCAGAGACGCUGUGCAGAGACGUGGUGGAGCUCUGCAAGGAGCCCGGGGAGGCCGACUGCUACCUGGCUGAGAUGUGGAGAGGUUCAGAGCGUGUUGUUGGGGACGGGGAGCGGAUGAUGGAGGUGCUGCACCGAUGGGGGCAGCAGAGGGGGGAGGUGCGCUACGUCCUGAGACACCAACGCGCUCCUGGACGGGAGUCGGAUGGAUCCAGAACGGUGGAUCAGAUGAUGAGGAGGAACCAGGGGAAGGCUUCGGUGGAGAGAUGUCAAGAAAAUGGGCUCUCAGGAUCUCGUCUGGACAUGACCCUGAGUGAGCUGCAGGAUCUGGCAAGCCGGCAGCACCACCAGAUCAACUCCCAGCAGCAGCUGCUGGCCACCAAGGAGCAGCAGCUGCGGUACCUGAAGCUGCAGGAGCAGCGGCAGCAGCAGCACCCAGAGGUGUCUGAGCAGGAGAGACUCCAGCAGCUCACGGAGAACGCUCACAACCAGGAGGCCAAGCUGCGCCGGGUCCGGGCCCUCCGGGGCCAGGUGGAGCAGAAACGGCUCAGCAACAGCAAACUAGUGGAGGAGAUCGAGCAGAUGACCGGCCUCUUCCACCAGAAGCAGCGGGAGCUGCUGGUGGCGUCGGCCCGGGUGGAGGAGCUGAGCGAACAGCUGGAAGAACUGAGGAGCAGUCGGUCCGAGCCUCCUCUCCCCCCUCCUCCUCAGCAUCACAACACCUCCUCCUCGGCCGAGCUGGAGCGCCUCUACCGAGAGCUGCAGCUGAGGAACAAGCUGAACCAGGACCAGAGCACCAGGCUGCUGCAGCACAGAGACAGCCUGAACAAGAGGAACCUGGAGGUGGCUGCCAUGGACCGCCGGCUGGCUGAGCUCCGGCAGCGGCUCUGGAAAAAGAAGGCUGCCCUGCAGCAGAAGGAGAACCUCCCGGUGAUUUCCGACGGCGUUGCCCCUCAGCAUGGUCUUAGCUCCAGAGUGGCGGCAGUGGGCCCCUACAUCCAAUCAUCCUCUUCAUUAAGCUCCCAGGGGCCACCGAUACCAACCUCCCAAGAGAUGCUGGUGAAGCCGGCGUACCCGGACGGCACCGCCACCUUGCCCAUGCCUGACUCGUCCCUGAAGCCCCCACCCAGACCAGCCAAACCCGGUUUCAACACCUCAAAAACCAGUAAAAUCUCUGAGUGGAGCAGCUCGUAUCCUGAGUCCGGUGGUGGCCACGGCCACGCCUCCACCCUCCCUCGCAUGUUCAGUCUCAGCUGCCGCAACUCAGGUGGUGAGACUCUCACCAACCCAAAGGGCCUGUCUGAGUGUGAUAACCCUCCCCCAGUGCCCCUGCGGUCCACUCACAUCACUGACAACCUGCUCAGGGACAUCCAGCUCUCAGCUAAAGGUCUGUCUAAGAUGGUGGCACCCCCUCCAGUUCCCAGUAAGCCUAAACCUUUCUCUUCAUCUGGACCACCGACCUUCACCAAGCCCUCCUACAGCACCGGGACGUUCCCUGGGAAGGUGAGACCGGUUGGAGGUCGUCUCAGGGCUCCGGGAGUCCUGUCCAGCCACAGCAACACCCUCCCCCUGCCCAACAAGCAGGAGAGUCCUCCGGCCGCAGCGGUGCGGCCCUACACUCCCGACCCCUCGGACGGCCCACCGCCGGUGCUGCAGAAACCUCAGACCCUGGCAGCUUCAUCCAUCUACUCCAUGUACACUCAGCAGGCCACGCCUGGGAAGGGCUACCAACCUGGCGGACAGGGCACGCUGCCCCGCAGCCAGCCCCGAGUUUAUGGAAAACCAGUGUUUCCAGUGAGUGGGGGGCAGCAGAUUGCUGGAUCAAACAACACUACCUUAAAUUCCGGGCUUUGUGGGUCUGAUGGAAGUGAGCCGGGCAACAGUGUCCCAAGUGAAGGUGGAGGAGAAACAGCAGAACGCACCACCCCUCGCCCACUCAGCCCAACCAAGCUCCUCCCCUUCCUGUCCAACCCUCACAGGAACCCCAGCGACGCCGACCUGGAGGCGCUGCGCCGUCGGCUGCACAAUGCGCCCCGUCCCCUGAAGAAACGCAGCUCUAUCACAGAGCCCGAGGGCCCCGGUGGACCCAACAUUCAGAAGCUGCUCUACCAAAAGACCACUCUGGCUGCCAUGGAAACCAUCCCCAUGGAGACGGUUAGUCCAGCAGGGACGCACGUUCAGCCCACAGAUCCCGAGGACGGGACGGGCGGAACAGAUGGAACUUCCAGGUGUGAGGACAACGGUGUAACUGACUUCAGUCAGGACUCACCUGGAAGUCCAGAAGACAGCAUGACCCCACCGCCACUGCCUCCACGCUCACCCAUCCCCAACCCCAGUUUAUCCCGUUCCUUGGGCCCCCCACAGGAAGUUAGGGAAGAGGAGGAGGAAUGUUCGUCUACCACUUACCAAGACCGCUUCGCAGAUGAAUUCCCCCCGUACCCGCCUCCACCUUACCCCAGCUUUGGGGAUGCGGAGCGGGUAGAAGAUACCCUCAACUUUCAGCCCCCAGAGGUCACAGGACAGGUUACACUGCCCCCUGGUAAGAAGUCUAUCCUUCGCAAAGGCGACUCAGACCGGAUCGGCCGUGGUACGAGGGUGAAGUUCAACCCUCUGGCCCUGCUGCUUGAUUCGUCUUUGGAGGGCGAGUACGACCUCGUCCAGAGAGUUAUCUAUGAAGUGGAAGACCCCAGCAUGCCGAACGAUGAAGGCAUCACAGCGCUGCACAACGCCGUCUGUGCUGGCCACACUGAGAUUGUGAAGUUUCUGGUUCAGUUUGGUGUCAACGUUAACGCUGCCGACAGCGACGGCUGGACCCCGCUUCACUGUGCUGCCUCCUGCAACAAUGUUCUGGUGUGCAAGUUCUUGGUUGAGUCGGGGGCAGCGGUGUUUGCCACCACCUACAGCGAUAUGCAGACCGCUGCUGACAAGUGUGAGGAGAUGGAGGAAGGCUAUGCCCAGUGCUCCCAGUUCCUCUACGGUGUUCAGGAGAAGAUGGGCGUGAUGAACCGGGGUGUGGUGUACGGCCUGUGGGAGUACGGGCGUCAGAGCGAGGACGAGCUGGGCUUCGUGGAGGGCGACUGCAUGACGGUGCUGAGGCGGGAUGACCAGGUGGAGACGGAGUGGUGGUGGGCCCGCUGUGGCGACCACGAGGGAUACAUACCCCGCAACCUCCUGGGGCUCUAUCUGAAGAUCAAGCCGCGGCAGAGGAGCCUGGCUUAACAUCGUCGUCAGAGGACCCGCGUGGGGAGGGGCAUCGCUGGAAUAAACGCCUGAACUCCUUCAGGAGGAGUUAUACAAAAUGUGAAGAAUUGGGGGACAAAAAGGAUGUAAAUGCUCCUCUCGCUGCUCUCUGUUGUUCAACCUCAGCACAAACAUUUAUCAAAGAAGUGUUGCAAAGCAGAGACAGAGGACAGAAAGAGUUAACCCGUCUCCUUCAUCACAGGGGAAGUAUUUAGCUAACCAUAAUUUACAUUAGUCAGCAGAUGCUUGACCUUUGCUGAUAAAUUGUACUUCUGACUUCUGUUUGGCCUUCUGUAUCAGAGCUGCCUUGUUGGGCGAGGGGGCUUAAAAAAAGAAGCAAAAAACGAAUGUGAGCCUUCUUAGCGGCUCUUCUUCCUCUGUUUGUUUCUUUGGUUUAGUGUGAUUGUUUUCCCGCUGAGUGAUUAAGACAGGAACGACUGAAGCAGAGCAUUCCCAGUUCCUGGAACUAAACCUGACUCAGUGCAAACCUGGUCGCUCGAAUCGCUUGUUUGUGAGCAAUAAUGCAAAAAUGUAUAUCUAGUGGGUAAAAGAUUAAACUAAAAACUUUCUUUUUCUUUCAUCUGGCAUGUUUGGGUAUUCUUUUGUUUUGAAGCUUUGAGCAAAUCCAGCUGCGGACAAACACGGCGAGCUCAGUCAGUUGAAGUGAAUGUUCCCUCAAACGCAUGCAGGAUGUGCUGUAACGAUGCAGAAAAGACCUUUGUUCUGAGGGAGGAUGAUGUUGUUUCCUGUUAUUAAAGUCAUUUCAUUUCA